AAUUUUUGCAAUACACAAAAUGCUCUUAUUUCCCGCGUUUACGCGUCAAAUCGUUAAAAUCGUUCAAUCUGUCGCCAAAGAGGGUCCCUCGAACGCGCGUAAAUUCUUCGCUCAACGAUCGCUGAAAUAAUCAAUAAAGAGAUCCACGUGCGGUGCCUCGUGUUAUUGCGAUGCGGUUGGGAGCAGUGCUUAUUAACGUACUUCGCAGUCGUGUAGUCGAGUUCGCGAUUUUAAAACGUGUGCUCGCACGCGCGAGUAGCCAAACGAAUGAUAGGCGAUACUGAUAUAUAUACGUGUAUAUAUCUCGUCGUGCGGAUUCCAAAUUCUUGGGAAUAAAUCACUCUCUAAAUUUCGUCCGUUAUUCAUCUCGCUAACGAUCCUACGAGGGAGCCGUAAAGUUUGGCGCCAACAUAACCUCGUCUUGAGCCAAACCGCGAGAACGUUCCUUUUAAAUGCAAUUCUCAUCAAAUCGAUGACAUCCCGGUAGCUCGCGUGAGAAAUGAAGGAGCUGGAGGAAGUCAACUGCGAGAUUCGCAGAAUCGUGAACCUGCAAUUUCCUGUGUCGAGUCGACUGAGAAGUUCAGAGAGCGAGGAACAUGGCCAGUCCACGAUCUCCCAGGAGCACGACAGCGACAGCGAGUUCCGUGGAGGAUUUCUGCACAAUGCGACAUAUGCGUGGCUGAGUUAUGGCUGUCGUUUGAUAGUCUUUAAUGUAAAAAUAGGGGAGAGUAUUAGCAGUUGGACAUUUCGUGGAAUUGUAACGUCAGUUUCCCAAUUUCCCGCGCAAACCGGAGAGUUUCCACUGCUGUUGGUUGGAGUGGAUAACUGUGCAAACAGAUUGAAAGAUUCAUCUGGUUUAUUGUGUAUAUUUGAUUGUACAACAUCCCGUGUCUUGAGAGCAAUUCGGAUGUCAUGUGGCGUGGAACAAGUAUGUGUUGUAUCAGGUGGUGCGGAAUGGGAAGAAUUUAAUGAUAAAAGAUCGGAUAAUGUAUUGAAUGAAAUGGAUGGAAUAGCUUGUGUAGUCUUGCGUAAUCUUGAGCAUAUCAUGAUUGAUCUUCGAAGACGUACAUGGGAUGUAUAUGAUUUGUCCUCUGUUAUGGAUGAAACAUCUCCAGCAGAAUUGGAUUUUUUAUCGGCGAAACAAGUUGUUGGCAGGCAUCAGUCCAAUCGAGAAAAACAUGCUGCUUAUAAUUUGUUGAAUAGACGUAUAGAAAAGCACAUUGGUUUUAAUAGAGAAGAUUUCGAGUCAUCUCCUUUACUCGGCGAGAGUUUGACCACUGCAAUUAUUAGUUCCACGAAGAUCGGCUGUUUAAUCUCUGGCUGUUUGGGUAGAGUAAUAAUUUGGCAAAACGAUGGUUCUAUAAGAUGGAUCAGUGCACCUAUCGAUGACAACAUGGCAGUUACGCAUCUAGCUCUGUUAGAACCCACGGAUGAUCCUCGACCGUUUUAUUAUUUGUGGGUAGUAUUUCAAGAUGAAUUAUCGAGAAUGCCACCGAUAUUAAGAAUGUACGCUAUGCUAUUUGAGAGGAAAUAUUAUGACAGAGACGUCAACUUGUAUUUCAACUUGGAAGAUGAUCCCAGCCUCAAGUUUGAGUCAGAGUUGAGCGAAGGAGAUAGAAUCGUUGGCUUAUACACUGUCGAGAGAGAGUCCAAUUCAGAACAGACGGAAUCGAGCGCCAGAAGAGGUGAGGAUAAUUUACUGCUCAUCGCCACCAACGAGAGGAUACUAUUAUUCGACCUGAAUCAAUGGUACAAGGAACAGAUGCCGCGUACCAUUAGUGAAUGUCAGAAUCCAAACAGCAUAUUAGCAACGUAUUGCACGAGAUCCGACGUGCAAAAUGCAGACCGUCAGGUGAUCAACUUUGCGUACGUUCCGCUCAGUUUGCAAGAAUUUCCCAGCUCAGGUCCAAACUCACCUGAAGAAUUAUUCUACCCCAAUUCCUUGUCGUUCGAAUGGGUGGAAUUGAGUUCAAGGAGACUAACAUUCUGGAUGACUCGUGGUAUUCAGGCAGAUCUGCUGCGUGAAAUGGCUAUAGCCGGUCCGAUUAUACUAAUACAACCGUCUGAAACGUUUCACAGGUGUCUCUCCGUUGGAUUGGUGCCAUUUAACUCGGAAUUUACGUUCGCCAGCGAUCAAGACGCGCAGCGAGAAAUGUUGCUGUCGCUCUGCUUGGAGCAACGGUGGUCUACCUUUCUGGUGAAAUGCGCCGUAGAGUGGUCGGACGGUAGUGCCUCUUACUUGUAUCCUACUUUCCUCAAAUGGGGCAUCCAGAGAGCCUCCACGAUAAAAAUGAUCGCUGAUCGGCUGUGCGUUCCUUUGUUCGAUCAGUCAGGUAAUAGCAUCGGCGAGGCUGACGUAAAGAAUCUACGAUUUUGUUCGCAGCAAUUGGAGUGCCUGUCCAAUGUAGUGGGUAAAUUACCGUCCGCGGGGACAGAUUUAAAGAAGCAACGAAGGACAUUGAAACGCGUGUCUACGUAUUUCCAAGUGCUCCUUUGGUUCUAUGAUGUGGGUCUGUUGCCCGAAACUCAAGACUUGGAGGAUGAGGAGGAAAAUACUUUACCUAUCUCCUUAGCACUAAGAGUGCCUUAUCCUUAUGAGAGACUCUCGGCACUUUACAAGGAGAAACGAGCGCAAUAUCAGAAGGACAAUAACAGUAACGAAAAUGAACAGGAUUUAUUCAUCGACGAGUUGAUAACGCGUGAAUGUCCCAUGUUGAAGGCACAAUGGGAGAGAGAAGGUGGCACCGCCACGGGCGGCUACUAUCCACCGCCAUCGUUGCAGUCCCUCUUACGCAGUUAUUUAACCGAUUAUCAGCAAACAGAAGCGAGUGAGAUUAGUUGCAAGCAUCAGAUCACAAUUUACCUCUUGAUGGAUUUGCAGGCGAUGCUAUUACAACGACUAUAUCCCGCGGUGAAGCAGCUAAUUAAGUAUCCGUCCGCAUUCAAAAUGACUCCCAGUCUCAUCAAACUCACUCAGGCGUUUUGGUUGCUCGAUCACGAGGACUAUCAGGAAUUCCUCGAUACAAUGACUGGUCAGUUGAUUUCUGAUUCUGACGUUAAGGAUUGGCACCACAGACUUAUACUGCGCACCUUGGUGCGCAAUAAUCAGCACAAACUUGCGCUCGUGUAUCUCCGCGUCAGAAAGCCUCCUCUAUCCUCUUUAGAGGAGCAAGGUGUUGCCGUGAGUCUUUCGGUGGAACACGGUCUCGUGCAAUCGGCCUUUCAUCGUCGACCACCCUGUCACUACGAACAGCUGCUGAUCUGUUUCUUCCGGGCGUGCAAGAAGUACGGUAAGCUCAAUGAGAUUUUGCAUCUGGCGCUGGAUAUCGAGGAAGAGGAAGUGUUUAUCAGAUUCCUCGAGGAAAAUAAGACAGAAGAUUUACGAUUGUUGUACUACCUGCAACGAUGCCGUUAUACGGAGGCAAUCAGUAAUCAUCCGAUUCGACAGUACCAAUCGAAUUUCACUAAGGAUAUUCAGUCCACGUCGCUCAGUAUGCUCGACGCGUACAAUAUGACUUUGCCCGAUGUCACGAAGCAGUUCUCUUCAAACGGAUUAGCAGCGACCAGCUCGGACGUAGAUUUAAAGGCACGCUAUUCCAGACCGAUGUCGCAUCGAAAGAGUCAUGACAGGCUGCGAAACAUAUAUGAGACGGUGAUUACGAAGGCUAGAGAAACCUAUAUUCGUAAUGAGAAAUAUCAGAUCCCGUUUAUCAGCGUACCAUGUAUGUCGCUCAAGUUUAACAAUUAUGGAUCGAAUAUGAACUGCGUGUCAUUCCCGACAUUGGUACGUAAGAGUUGCAGCAAACGUAGAAUCGAUCAGGUUCAUGUGGAAGAAGAUGAAGAAGUGAGUAACACGCCGGACAACGCGAAACGCCGAAAAUUAUCAAACGGGAACAUCUUGUCAAGCAAAUCAGAUUCGAGAGAAUCAGGAUUGGCAGCGGCCUUCGAGACACCUCUGGUAGAGCGUAAAUUGAAUGCAUAUACGAAAGAUAAUGUUGCGGAAACGCCACAAUCAAUCCUGAAGAUCAGGCAGCUUGUAAAGAGCUCAUCGAGUGUCGCGUCGUUUCAAGGGGAAGAAAUUGCCGAUAGGCUGUCUCAGAACGAGAGGAAAAUCAAUAGACAAAUACGAUUCGACAUUAAUCAGUCCAAGAAAAUCUUGACUUAUGAAGAAGAGGAAGAGGAAGAAAACGAAGAGAAGAAAAUGGAAGAGGAAGCCAGCGGUGAUGAGACCAACGUUUCCUCCAAGGCGAGCAAUGAGAUGUCUCUCAAUCCAAGCAAGUCGGCAUUUUAUGAAAGCGCGAUCUUGAGCGACCUCAGCAGCGUUGCCUCCAGCAAGAUUUAUUGCUAUGCCCGUCCGCGACCUAGCCUCCGAAGAAGUGCCUUAUCCGUAGAAUCACUACAAGAAUCUUGCGCGAAGAAGGUGAGCGGUACGUCCGCAAAUUCGUCUGCCGCCUUCUCGUCGAUUGCUGAAGAGAAUACGUCAAAGAGGUGCAGCUCAUCACAGUCGGCUUACUCAACCACCUUGCUAUCUCCGGGCACUAGCAUCGAUAUCAGUUACCCGAAUACACCAGGACGCGCCAGUCCAUUAGAAUGGGCAUUAGAAAGACACAGUCACAAUAAAUUUACUAUUUCAUCCACCCCAAUAACGAAAAAUAUAGUUUCUCAGAAGAUGUUUGUUAAGCGAGCAAUACGAGUUGAUGACAACGAUAAAGACGUGGAGUCGGAAUCAUUUAUGAGUAACAUAAAGAAAGAGGAUCUUAAUGUGCCAGGUGAGUCUACGAAGCGUGACGAACAAUCUAAUUACGAUAGAAGCAACCUUGAGGAACGAGAUAGUCCAGAAAAAGAUGUACUGCAGAAGAAAACUGAGAGCAAGAGCGAAAGCAAAUACAAUAAUGGAAACGUCGCGAGGGAGGAAAGUCCAAGUUCACGAAAUCCUUGCGAAGAACAGCCCGUGUUCUCGGAGAAGGUCGCGGAGACUGCGAACUUGGACGAAUCUGAAGAUGAGUUACUUCGGUUGCGGGACGACGGAGACGAUGAGGACGAACAUGAGACAUUCGAGAGUCUGUCCACGCAUCUGGAGGACGCGCAAUCGGAAGGCAGAGUCUCCGGUCCCCAUUUGUCUGAAACUUGGAAUCCAGGAUAUCAAACGGAGGGAUGCUACGACGUCGCGAAAUCUAAUGGCCUGCGAGAAUCGGCGAUGCAAGCGAUGGCUGACGUUGAAUUCACCGACGACGAAUCCGUCACGAGUGCCAGAAGCGCGACGCCCAUGAUAUCCAAUAAGACAGAUAACGAUGGGAAAAAGGAACAUUCAAUCUCGACUGCUCCUUCGGAGAAUAUAUUUUACGACUUGAAUAUCACGGACGACGAGUCCGAUUCCAACACUCGAGAAAUUGAAGAGUCGAGGGCGAAAAAUGGUAGAUUUUCUAAUUUACAAGGAUCCGUGAAUUUACAGAAUCCCGAAGCGGAGAAGGACCAAAGUGAAUCCGAUGAGAAGAAGUCAGACGGGAGAGAGAGCGUCUCGAAAAAUGCUGUCGAUGAAGUUGCACAGCCUGAUGCCGAUGAUAAGGAUUCUAACAUAAAUGUUCGUUCGAAAGUAGAUGAAACUGAAUCAGUAGAAUAUCAAGAGAAGCUAUCAAAAGCUGAAGGUUCCUCGAAGAACAAAUGGAGUCACAUGGAAUUGGAAAAUGUCCCAUAUGUACGAAUAACUAGAUCACCCAGAGCGGAUUCGAUGAUAAAAGAUAAAAUAACAGAUGCUUCACAGGUGGAACCAGAAAGGUCCACUCGUCUACGAAGGGGGAGUUCAAUGACGAAAGAUGUGACAACGGAUUCUUCACGCAACAAAACGAAAAAGCCUCCGCGAAGAGCAAGUUUGACGACAAAGAGCUCGCCAGUGGAUUCACGAAGUACAGAUUCUGAAGAACCUCCUCUAUUACAGAGGAUCACUUCAAUUACAUCAGAUUUACCCACAGAUUCUCCUUCGUCGCAGGAUACGAAUCCUGAAAAGCCGCCUCGAUUAAGGAGAGCGAGCUCGAUAACAACGGAGGUAGGUUCUCCAGGAAGAUCCUUGCGCAGUCGAAGAGCGAGUUCUCUCGUAAAGGACGUGCUAACGAGCUCGCUGAUAGACGAAAACCUCGAUAGACCCACGACCGAAUCGGGAAAUUCAGAUGCGUCGCUAUCGGUCAAAAAAGAGCUCAGAUCUACAUCGUCGACCUGGAAGAAGACUCCUCGGAUUGAGGUGAAAGACAGCGACUCCGAGAGCGUCAAGGACGAGCUACCAGUUAGGAGAAGUACUAGACUUAGCUCUUCUAGCACGAGAAAAGAAUUUCAGGAAGAUGCCCCAAGGAGUCCCGCGAAGCUAAUCAGUGACGAUGAAGAAGAUAAGAAUACAAGGAAGAGAUCCCUGCGCGCGAGAAAGUCCUCGGUGUCAUCCGAUACGGACAAACCAACGAAGAGAUCUUCCUCGAGAUUGUCCAUGAGGGAUUCGGACAAGAAGGUAAUACUGGAAGAGGAGGAGCUUAAAGAGAUCAAGACAAGUCGAAGACGCGGCAAUUCGGUGCCUAAAGAGAUCACGAUGCAGACUCGCAGGAGAAGUAGGUCCGGCAGUAUAGCAAGAGAAAUUAUCCCGGAAGUUCCCGAGCCAUCGGAGGAGCAGUCGAGGACACCCAGGAGUUUUGUCACGAGGAAUACGUCGGAUGUUGUUAACAAAUUGACGAGAAACACGCGCAGUCGAAGCUCGUCGAUACUAUCCAUACCGGAGGAAUUGGAGGAGAUUCUGAGUCCGCCGAUGAGGGAGACGAGAUCCUCUCGGAAGAAAACAUCCGAGCAAGAUAACAUCAGAGAGAGAAGAGCAUCCAGCGCAGACGUGACGCCCAAGGACGUGAAGAGGAGGACCAGGAACAUUCGCACGAGAAGCAUCGCGGUGGAACCGAUAGUGGAAGAAUCAACGGAGGACGAGGACAGAGUAAGAUCUCAGGAGGACGAACAGAAGAGCGGAGUUGCACUGCGAGAUACCAGCACGUCGAAAGGAAGAACAUCGAUUACGACGACGGUUCAAGAAGAUACGAAGCAGGAUACGUUAAAACGGAAGCGAGGCAGAUCGCGUAAGAUUGACACGAGUCAAGAAUCCAGUCUGUUUACCUUUUCACAGCCAGAGAAGAUGGAUGACGUGCCAUUGAAUGAGAAAGAUAUUGGGAACGUUCCAAAUUAUGUGUUCUCAUCGCCUCAAACCAAAUCCAAACAACAUCGUAGAAAAUUAAGCUCAUUCAUACCGAGUCUUGACCAGGAAAAGGGGAAACAAUCAGCUGUUCGGAGACCUCACAUCCUCAAAUCUGGCCGUUAUUCUCGCUUGAUUGCAAAGAAUUUUAGAUCGCGAUUUCGGACAGAAUUCGUUAUACCUAAAAAAUGCAAAAGUACAACAGAUUAAACAGGAAAUUUUCUGCGAAAAAAUUUUGAUUUAUCGCGCAUCUUUCAUUAGAUUUAAAUUUAAAUUUAUUUCAUAUCUUUCUUUACAUUGCGAUAUUUUUUUGAUUUUCUUUUUUAUAAUAUGCGCUUAUAGGUCAAUUAAAAUUGUCUGCACGAUUAGUUGUUGCAAAUUUAAAUUUUCAAUAAUUGUUGGCUCGUAGUAAAUAUUUAAAAUUUUUUUUGUUUUGAUACGGAAGUAAAAGAGAGAUUAUGAAAGACAUUUUACAGAAAAUUGUCAAGUUAAUUUCAGUUCAUUUCUAUGUUCUCGCUGGGAUAGUACAAAGUGAUUUUUCGCUGAUAUACGAUUAACAAUCACAAAUGUUUGAUGAAUGAAGGUAGAUAGAAUCAUUGAAUUAGACAUUUAAGCGAUAAAUUUUAAGUUGAUCAGUUGUCUUAUGAAAUGAAAGAUUUUGUACGCUACGCUGGGACCACAUACGGAAACGAAAUGUUUUGUUAUGUACCUUUCGAUGUUAUUUUAUAGAGACAUUAAAUUUACAUUAUCAAUGUUAAAUUCAAUUUUGUUUUUCUCUUUUUUUCGCAAACGAUUGAACUUUUCUUGAUAGAAUAUCUGGUUGAUUAGAUAAAGCAAUUUUUUUCCUUUAUUCAAAUUAUGAUUUAUUUUAAAUUGCGGUUGUAUGUGAUCGACUAUAGCGACAGUACUUGGAAUAUACGCUAGUACACGUGAUUAGAAAUAUAUUUAAGAAAUAAAAAAAAAUAUAUGUAGUUCUCACGCGAAGAUUGUUUUCACAAUCCAUAAGCUUGUGCAAGUCAUUUGAUCUGUGUUACAUGCUGCAUGUCAGUUAUAUGGACAAAUGAUGUUUCAUUCAAAUCUCGGAUAUAUCGUUUUAACAAGCUAUAAUAUUUGAAUCUGUCACACAUGUCAAAAAUAUAAACUUAAAUGAUAAACUAUCAUUGAAAUUGUAUUAUAUAAACUUUUUCUCUUCUUCUCUUUAACGCUCAUAGUAAUAUUCAUUCCGUUUUAUGUACACUCUUUUGAAAAACUUGCUGUGAAUACGUUUUUCGUUUCGUUGAUACUUCCAGAAUUUGAUUUUAUAGCGCAGAAUUCUCUCUCUCUCUCUCUGCUAUAUAUCUUGCAAAUAAUUCCUAUAGUAUUUUUCCGGCAAGAAAAAAAAGGCAAAAUGUAUCAUACCUUUGUAAAUAAUUUAUUA